AAGAAGUGCCGCUGUGCGUGCGUGCGUGUGUGUGUGUAGGGGGGGCCGACACUUGUCACAUGAUUGAAGGGGACAUGGAGGUACAUUUUUAAUGGCCUGAGCUGGAUUUGAUUACAUUAAAUCGGGACUGUCAAGUUGUUGCGUUGCGGUAAGAAAAGCCCCGCAGUCAGAGGUGUUUGUCUCGUCAUGACAGCCAUGGCGAGAUUAGAAGCUGCAUCUGAGCUCCAGUCGCGGCUGUCAUCCUUGUCCUUCUCAUCCUUCCCCGGAGUCACGUCCAAGCAGUGCGACAGCGAGCCGCCGGGCAGGCUGCAGAGUACUAAUCUGACGGAGAGCUUCACCCAGUCCAGCAGUCCGGCUAACAUGCAUGAAACCAAGGAGGAUUCAGCGCAGCUUUCCAAGGGUAAUGAAGAGGCUCCUACUGAGCUGGCCCCGGGGGGAGGAAGCGAGGAGAACAACAGCCCUGGGAGCUGUCAGCUCUCUGCUGAAAAUAAAGAGGCAGCCCAGAUGCCACCCCUGUCGGCCCCGACAACUUGGACAUCUGCCGCUGUGAAGGAGCUGAAGGCAAAGCUCCGGACGGAGAAGGACAGCGUCGUGACAGUGUACCGAGGAGACAUCAUGACGGUCCACGUCCCCACCGUCCCCGAGGCCAAGAAAGUGUGCUGGGAGUUUGCCACAGACGGCUACGACAUCGGCUUCGGCGUAUACUUUGACUGGACCCCCGUGACGAGCCGGUCCAUCACGGUGCACAUCAGCGAGUCGAGCGACGACGAGGACGAAGAGGAAGAGCUGGAAGGGCCCCUCAGCAACGAAGACGUCGAGAAGGGCUCCAAAAGCCAGGGCAACUCGAACCUGGCUGAAAUCCUGCCCGUGUACCGGCAGGACAGCCAUUUGUCCGUCCUCGCCGGGAGCCACGACUUCCCAGGUGAAGGCACUUACCUCCUAAAGUUCGACAACUCCUACUCCCUCUGGAGGAACAAAACUCUCUACUACAGGGUGUACUACAGUGCCUGAAACCGCCAGAUCUGUCGCUUACGAAUGUACGAUUUACGGAAGCAUAUUACUCCUGAGAACAAUGAACUAUUUUAUUUUUUUUGAUUUCAGGCAUGGGAAAAAGAUUAAAUUAUUUAAGAGAUUAAAUUCAGGCACAUCUAUUUUAUAUUUGCUUGUCAGGUAAAAAUGGUCUUCUGUGCAUCAUCUGUGUCCGUGUCCUGGUGGAGUAUAAUCAGAGAAGCCUUUGCGUUUUGUCAUGUGCCAUAUUCCCAUGUGUGCACUGUGCUGUUUGGUCAAGUGGCCGUCAUAAAGUGUAUAUUGUCUUUACCUGUUACAUUUCUAUGGUAGCAGCAAUCAGGGAGAACCUGCACAGAGUGAGUUACUCCAGGCCACGUCCUUAAUCAACAGUGCUCUGAAGUAAUUAUUGUUUUUCAUGUGUGCGUCCGAGCGGCUGCACCUUUUUUUUUUUUUUGCUAUGUUGCUUCGUUGUUCGCUGUAAUAAUCAUCCAGCUCUGUUGUGUAACUUGUUUUUUUUAUUGUUAAAAAUGUUAAAAUGCAGCACAUAAUUUACGUUCUCUCUACUGGUUCAGCGGGUGUGUUGAAGGAAGAUCUUAGUCGAGCAUACUAAAGUGGCAGUUUUUAUGACGCAUAUAAAAAAAAAAAAACCUUAUCGUAUAACGCUCUAGAUUCAAUAUUUACUUUUGCUUUGCCACGAUUUAAUUAGCCGUUUUAAAAGUAGAGGCCAGUUGCAGUGUUUCAUCCAAAUGUGUUUUCUUAGUGAAAAUCUCUGUGCUUAUAUUUUCUUUUAUGUCCUCCGUGUGUUGGACCAAUCCUUUUCUUGUAUAUUUGACACUUUUUCUCACUUUCCGUCAUGCGCAUAUUUCCAAAGAUGUCACAGAUUUGGCUGCUAAUGUCGUAUGCAAUGUAAAGCAACUGUGUUUGCUGUCCCAUACCUUCACUUUAAAGUAUACCAUCUGUCCCUGAAAUUUAUAUUCGACAAUAAAGAGAAUAUUGACUAGU